GAUGAAAGAAGACUCCAAGACCAAGUACACGCGCGUACUCCGCAUGAUCUGCGCAACCGGUAUCGUUUCUCCGUUUCCUCCCAAGCUUGUCGUCUGCUGUCGCUGUUUCGGUUUCCAUUUCAUUCACCUUCGGUUUGGUCGAGAAGCAAAAGAAUGGGACGACGUGGUCGAGGAAGAUAGGAAUGAAUGAAGAUCGAUGUUUUUCGCGGAAGAUGGCCUGGUUUUCGAGACAGUGAGAUGGUCUCGGUUGACAGACGAGGUGUAAGCUUGUGGGGGAUCACCGAUGGAUGCGGCGCUGCAUUUGUGAUAUUGAUCGUUCUUGCAGGACAAUGUGGUGGUUGUCGACCCAAUUUGGAAGACUAUGACGUGUGCUUCAACAUCUUCCUGGAGCGUGACUACCCGAUGGUGGAGGUUUUCCUCUUACGUCCUCCAUCCCGACGUGGAAUGGUGCUCGUCGGACCUGGCGACAUGGAGACAAUGUGUUCGGGGUUCACAGAGCUGCUGGAGUGCUACGCGUACCAUUACCUCAAUUGCUACAGUGGAUCGCAGCAAAGCUACAUCGAGCGUCUCCUCAAAGCAAUGGUGGCUUCGUUCCACAUGAUGUGCGGCCCCGACAAGAGUACGUUACAAGCACUGCUGUACAACGCCCAAUGCUUGGAACGCGUCAACGUCCAGUCUCCCUCCUGUCACGUGCCCGGCUUCGACUUGGCUAUGGCUUGGAAGCGCGUCUUCCGGUUCCAAGCGACCAUGCGGGACUGUAGUGAACUAACACACCACAAGGAGUGCCUUCUGGACGUUUUGAGUACGCCGCAGUGUCAGCCAGAUGCCGCAACCGUAUUCAACAGCAGCGUCGAUGGAUUUCUAUCCAUCUUCUGUAGCUCUGGUGUUUCUAUUCUGCAAAGACAGCUCACGUGCUGGACUGUGAUCUUUGGACUGGGAGCGUUGUGCUUGAAUGCGUUGUGCAGGACAGUGUAACUUGAAUGCUGGUUUAGGAUCAGACGAAGUACGGAUGCUGUCAGCGUGCCAGUGAGUGAGGGAGGGAGGCCCGACGUGUCGAAACGGGUGUGAAUGCUGUGAAUAGACACAACCAAAUGGAGUGAUACAGACACAAACAAUGGGUCAUUUCGGUUGCUACUAUGGACUAAAUCUCGACUCUUUCGAGUACUGCCGAAUUUAAGCCAAACUGCAAUGCAUGUGUUUCACAUUAGUACAAGCACGGGAGCACCAACUGAAAACACUGAAUGAUUUAAAAAAAUAUUUCAGCACGUAUGUGCUUGAGGUAGUUCGUCAGUGCACACAGCUCAGGUUGCUGGUGCUGGUUCAAUUUCCACUCUUCAACAUGUAGAUUGGUUUCGUUGGAGUAAUACUAUACUUUACGUGUGUGUGCGAACGCGAAGUAUGUAUACCUAUCUAGUCAUGUUGUUCGCAGAGCGUCGCGAAUUGGUGUAUUGAUAUGUAGUUUUUGAUGUACAUACCCUGUCAGCACAUCAUUAUUGGAUCAAUAGCGGCCCAACAUUGGCAGCCAACAUAGGCUUUACCCUCGUUUUAUGAACGUUCGAUCUGUCAAUGCUCUCGCUUUAUGGACAGUCUUGCUGAGAAGCUAGCUGUAUAUUCGUCUAGUCUAGGGAGACUUGCGAAUCAAAUGCAUUUCGGUAUUCUGACAAUCAUUUACACGAACUGAACACAGUUGCGAAAUAUUGAAAACCAAGGUGGACUCAUAAAAACGACUUUCGAAAUUUGAAAAAGUCUGGCUCCCACCGAAGGUCGAUGGAAGUACUUCUUGCUUUCUCUGCUCAGCCAAUGUCACCGUGCAUUACUCAUACCAUUCCUGCGCUGCUUUCUAACUCUCAUUGAAGCAGAUGACCGUUGUUUCUUUCCCUCUGUGUCUGAGUGAUCUGAUCCCCAAUCUUCGUUCAUUGUUUCGUUCCGGGAAUGUAACGCAGCGGCUACAGCGGCCAUGCAGCGCGACGUAAAGCGUUGGCCUUCGGAAGGGAAAGUUUUUGAGAUUCCUCUCCACAUUCCUGUUUCGAUUUGAUUGCUCGCUUAUUUGAGGCAUAAUUCGUCACACGAGAAAGAAAUAAAGUUGAUGGUAGGUAUAUUGUGGAUGUCAUGGACCAA